AUGGCCGCGUACGCUGCGGCGGCGGCUUGCCGGCGCGCGGCGCUUAAGUUCGGAGCCGGCGCGACCGGAACACGCUUGCCGGGCCCGUACCGGUUGGGCUCGAGGUCCAUCUCCGAGCUCGCUAACAAAGCAAACGGCAAACGCCUCUUUCUUGUCGACACUUUAGCCCUAGUUAGGAGAUUAGAGGGGCAAGGGGUGCCGUCGAAGCAGGCGGAAGCCAUAACGGGGGCAAUGAUGGAAGUCCUGAAUGAUAGCUUGGACAAUGCUUCCUUAUGGUUUGUUUCCAAAGGUGAAAUGCAAAGAAAUGAGAUGACACAAGAAUCCAAUUUGUCCAAAUUCAAGACUGAAGUUAAAAGUUCACAGGACCACCAUUUCUCUCUUUUGCAACACGAGACUGAGAAACUCAAGGGUGAUAUAGAAAAAAUGAUGGAAAAGCUCAAGAGUGAUCUAGAAAAGAUGCGUAGUGAUCUAAGUUAUGAGAUAGACAAAGUCACAGCUGGCCAGCGUUUGGAUCUCAAUCUGGAAAGAGGGAGAAUUCGCGACGAGCUGAACAAUCAAAAUCAAGAAACCACCAACCUGACUAAUAAACUUGAUCGAGAAAUUCAUGCAUUGCGUGCUCAGUUAGAAGCAGCAAAGUACGACGUGAUCAAAUACUGCAUAGGUUCGUUAGCAUCUGUGGCUGCCGUUGGUCUAGCUGUAAUCCGUAUUCUGAUGUAA